CACCUAAAAAAAUGUGGUGCGAGACGGUUUACGAAAGAAAAGAGAAAGGAAGGCAAGAGUUGCUAAUAUUGGAUAGGGUAAAUCGGGAAUUUCACAACAUUUUGCGAGUUCGAAGAGAAGUUCUAUCUCUUCAGUAACGAGAGAGAGAAUUUUUGGGGCGCGGGGAUGGGACUGAGAGAAUCAACUUCCGGUACCGGAGACGCCAGUACUAGUCACGCCGAAGCGGGGCCUAGUGGCAGCUCCUCCACUGGCUCUGGCGGCGUGCUGAGGUUUCCUCUGGCUGCGCAGCCGGAAAUUAUGAGAGCUGCGGAAAAAGACGACCAAUACGCCUCAUUCGUCUAUGACGCUUGCCGUGACGCCUUCCGCCACCUCUUCGGUACACGAGUUGCUGUUGCCUAUCAGAGUGAGACAAAACUUUUGGGGCAGAUGCUCUACUAUGUCUUAACUACGGGUGCUGGAAAGCAGACACUAGGAGAGGAAUAUUGUGACAUUACUCAGGUUGCAGGGUCAUAUGGACUUCCUCCAACCCCUGCAAGGCGUGCCCUUUUUAUUUUUUAUCAAACAGCAUUCCCAUACAUUGCAGAAAGAGUCAGCUCACGAAUUGCUUCCCAGGGUAUCACCAUGGCUGAUUCACUAAUGGAUGAUCCCUAUGGGAAUAACAGCAGCCAAACUCAGUCGUCCACUAGUAUUCAAAUUCCAUUGACCUCCGCACCAACAGGUCCUCUUUCAGCUUUGUCCAGAUUGAAAACCAAAAUUACUGGAUUGUGGUUAUAUACAGUUCGGAGGUGGCCCUCAAUGCUUCCUUUAGCCCGUGAACUUUUUAUGCUGAUUCUCCGGACGAACCUUAUGUUCUUUUAUUUUGAAGGCUUAUAUUAUCAUAUAUCAAAUCGAGCUGCUGGGAUUCGUUAUGUAUUUAUUGGAAAACCAACCAAUCAACGACCUAGAUAUCAAAUAUUGGGGGUUUUCCUCCUAGUACAGCUAUGUAUCCUUGCUGCUGAAGGAUUGCGGCGAAGCAAUAUAUCUUCCUUUACAAAUACAUUUCAGCAAUCAUCUGUUGGAGCCCAUCAAACUCCCACAGGGAGAGGUUUACCUGUCAUAAAUGAAGAUGGCAAUGUGACAAGUGAAGAUUCUGGAAAGGAUAAUUGGAUUUCUGAAUCAACAUCUACAUCAGAGUUUCAAGUUGGUGGAAUAGGCAAAUGCACUCUUUGCCUUAGUACUCGCCAACAUCCGACAGCCACACCGUGUGGUCAUGUAUUUUGCUGGAAUUGCAUUAUGGAAUGGUGUAACGAAAAGCCUGAAUGUCCUCUGUGCCGUUCACCAGUGACUCAUUCAAGCUUAGUUUGCUUGUAUCAUUCAGAUUUUUAGUUCUUCAUCAAUGGCAAGUCUGAUGUUGAGGAUGGAAAACAAUAUUUAAAAAAAAAAAAGGAAAAGGAAAUACGUAAGAGAGAAGGUUGGCUGGCACUUGUACCUCUUUCACUAACAAAUGAGGGGAUCGUUUGCUGAUCCCGGUUUUACUAGGAUAAUAACUUAUUCAUUCUCGGUGAAGUUAUAUUGUCAUCCUCUUCCGUAUUGUAGGAAAGGGGAAAUUCUAAGCAUUUGACUGGUUUGUGAACUUGUUCCUAUGAAAAUUACUUGGUUAUGAACCAGUCGUAUUUGUCCUAUGAAUUGUUAGUCAGAGAGUAAAUUUUAUACUUGUUUGUC